AUUUUUGACAGUGACAGAUGCUGAAAUGGGCGAAUUAAAUUUUGAUCCUCUUUUAAAAAUAACAGAUAUAAAUGAACUUAAAAAGUUCAUUCACCAUUGUGUCGACGAUCUAAUAGAAAAGCAGCCAAUAACUUUUGAUACUUGCAAUAUUAGAGGGAUCCUAGAGUGGACUAAGGACGAUUUUGAAAAAUCCAAGAAAAACAUACAAUUAUUUUAUAAAAAGUCCACAAUAGAAAAUAAUUUUGAUGCGAAUUUACUGCAUAUAAACGACAAAAUCCACGAAACAUUGAAAAUAUGUUACGAAAUACGAAAAGAUGAUAUAUUUCAAUAUUUGGCUAGAACUUACGUAUUAAAAAAUGGAAAUAAUUUAAUAGAGAACAUCGAUUGGAGAAUUAAAUUCAUCUUGGGAUCGUCAGACUUAACUGCUUUAAAAGAUGUGUAUCUACAGGUUGACUUGAAUGGAGUUCAAAAAUACAAUGAAAAAACUGAAAAUACUUCUGUCUCAUUCGAAAUGAAUUUAGAGCAAGUAGAUGAGCUAAUACAAGACUUAAGGAAUAUUAGAAAUCAAUUAAGCUAGGGAUGUAUCAUAUUCUAGUAAUUACGGUGCAUUAAAUUAUUUAUACUUUUAAUAAUAAAUGAUAAAUGAAGUUGGUACCGGUCUAGUAUGCGGUCUACCAUAAUAUUUGUAGUCUACCUACAUGUUUUGACGCCCAAGUACAUUUAAAUAUUUUGACAGGUGCCAUAUUUUGUAAAACAAAGUGGUUGUGAACCAAUGUCUCACAAAAUUGCAAAUGUUUUGUCCAUUUAAACUUUUUAAUUUCUAUCUCCUACAGUUUCCGAGAUUCCUGUACUAAACAUCGAAAAAAACCAACCCUGUAUAAUUCUAAUAUACUUCAGUGAUUCUCGAUAAAUUGAAUUACUUACCUGUUAUUCCAUACAUAAUAUAAUACUAUUAAAAUCUUUUCGUUUAUUAUUAUUUAUAAUUACCCUCAUGCUGUUUAAUGCAAUACUAGUAAAAUUUAUCCUUUUGCUUAAUAAAGGGUCAAUUUUCAAAAUCUUGCUGUUUUACUUUGUAUAAAAUAAAUUUGGGUUGACUGCAUACUAGACCGACACCAUGAAUUUUUGCAUUGAUUGCAUUUGUAGAAAUACUAUUAAUAAAUUCUUCGUUUUGUAUAUAAUUACUUUCUGCGUAUUGUAGAAAAUUGAGCUGACAAAUAAAAAAUAAAAUAGAGUUGCUCAUUGCAAUUCAUAUAAUUUUGCAAUCUUUAUAAGUCUAUAUAAAGCUUGUAAAAUAUAGUAAUUUCUCUAAUUUGAAAAAGAAAUUGUUUUCAAAGAAAUAAAACCUAGUCUAAUAAAGUUUCACAGAAUUAAAUAUAAUCUGAUACUUUAUUUAAAAUGAUUUUAUUAGCAAAUAAAGCUUGUAACAGA